UGGUGAUCUGUAAGUCGGAUGAGGUCAGAACACCUCUUGCACUGCGUAUCAUCCAUGGCAGAGACACAGCCACUUGGGGCAGGGCGGUUGAUCAACGGCCGACAAUCGCGUUGUCCUACGUAAGUAGGUCGGGGCGAUGACCAGGAUGCCAGAGGCGCUGUGGAAUUAAGGUAUGAAUAGUAUGUACUACUAUGUAGGAACUAGGAAGGAGGAAGGCACGAGACGGCAUGCCAUGCGGAGAAUUACCCCAAAUUUCAGGCGCACCCUGGAUCUACACGUGGGCCUCUCCUGGUCCAGUGACUGUGUCUUCCGGUAUAGAAAACACUCUUGCCGACGAUGGCACACAGAUAACGUGUGUACAUCCAACCGCGCACCCGCUAGGACUUGAGAUAUCAUCCCCUUCCUCGAAUAUCACCCCCACACCAAUGCCACCUCCUCAAGGGAUUGGCGAGAUAAUCCUCCCAAAGGAGGCCGUAGCGCAAACAGCUAUUGCAACGUGGGGUCAAAUGACGUCCCAGACCAGCCACCCGAACCAAAUAAUCCAGAAAUGCCGCUGUAAUCCUUGCCUAUAUCCUGACAGUAUUAAGUCUCAUUCAUCCGCGCGCGUCGACCUUUUGAACAGAUAAUCCGCAAAUGAUGGUGGAUGUUCCGGGAACGAUUGCGCUGACGGU